CUCAUGAAGAUGCCAUCCAGAUAAAGCAGCAUCUACUGAUCACAAUCAUGCACAGAAGCACAUUCAGGUCAAACAAGUGUGCAUGCGCAUGACAUCAUGUCUGACUGUUGGACAUAUUCUUCAUCAUCUACCCCUCCUAUCACCUACCACCCCUCCCAGACCCCACCUUCCCUCUCCUCCCCCCACUCAUUCAGGAACCAUGGAAAUCCUCCACACGCCAAGGUUACGUCCCCUCACCUCUUCCCCCAGCAGCAGGGAUCCUCUUCCCCUUUCUUCCAUCAGCCUCAGAUAAGCUCCCCUCAGACUCCAUCCCCUCACCCCCCUCCUCCCCAGCUGACCUCCCCUCAGUUUGCUUAUCCUCCUGUCACCUCUCCCCACCUUAUACCCUAUGCUCAGGUGACAUCCCCUCAUCCUGAACAACAGCCACUGAUAACCUCCCCUCACCUCCUCUCCCCAACUCAGCAUGCCCUUUAUCCUGAACUGCAGCCACAGAUAUCCUCCCCUCACCUCUUCUCCUCAUCUCAGCACAACUUCUUCUGCCAGAAUCCCGAUCCAGACUUAGAUCAUUCAAACUGGGCCAAAUGUGAAUCCAACUCUGAACUUUCCUGCCUUCUUAAUGGCAACAGUUUCUCCUACCAGAACCAAACCUCAGCUCAUCUGGAUUUUCAGAACCAGAACCAGUUCAGUUCUGGUUUACCUCAACAUGAAGAUUCCUUGGAGAACACACAUAGAUCUUACGAUGCUCAAACACUUCUUUUCAAUGGUGUGUGCACACAUAGUGACACGUCUAAUCCAGGUGAGGACAGCUGGAGGCACCUGGAGCCAACCGUUUCCCAACUUCAGUGCGCCGCAUUGGACUCCAUAUCUGCAGGAGCCCAUCAAGCUGAUCCAUCUCCCCACAGGCUCUCUGUGGGAGGGUGGAGUGCCACAGAGCUCAACCCGGCUGAAGACUUCUCCAGCACCCAGUUUUUCCAGGAUGGCUACCUGAAUGCUCCGCAGCCUUUCUGUAGCCCCACAACUCCUGGUCCAAGUCCUCAUUACCCUCAAACCCCAGCAGUCUCCAGCCCCAGUCCUCAAAUGCACCCCAGGACAGAGAGAACAGGUUUUCACACCCAGAUAAACAGUGAUCAGACCUCUGAUCCAAGUCAGUACCACCAGCAUCAGACAAGCCAGCGCCUCCUCUCAAGCCAAACAGAGCAGAUGCAGAACCUGACAGGUCUACUUCACACUGCUGGCACGUCUGAGACCAGCUUGUCCACACCAAGACAGGGCCAGCAUGUCAGGAGUGCUGCCCAGUCUAUGAGCCUCUCUACUGGGCUGAACUGGACAGAGGAGUGUGGAGGAGGGAAAGGAGGGAAAGGAGGAGAUGAUAGUCAUGCAGACUGGAACUGGAUGCAAACAGAGCAUACCGCUGAGAGUCUUGACACCAGGCUGCUGUGUAUGGUGUGUAAGCGUGACUUCAGGAGCCUGCCAGCAUUAAAUGGUCACAUGCGUUCACACAGUGGAUUCAGAUCAUCUACAUGCUUGAAAAAGGUCUCUGCCCCAUUGGUUCAGCGCCCAUUCACCAUGGUGCUGCCUGUAUCUGUCCCAGUGAAAUCACGAAGUGUGUCAAAGGCAAGUAGGGGUGGUCAGACAAGAAGCAGCCGCCUCCCUCCAGCUACUGGAAGCACUGCACUCUUCCGCAGCCUGAUGCACCCGCAAGAUGAGGAAGAUGCUGCCAAAGGCAUUAAAGAUGGUGAAAAAAGAGUUGCUUCUUCACCUAACAAAGGCACCCGUCAUUACACCCCUCCACCCAUGCUGUGUCCUCAGAGGGCGGGGCCAGGGUUGUACUGCUCCCUUACCACCAGGAGGCAGCAGAGAGUGCAGACUGUUCAGCUCCACAAUGGAGCCAGGGACCUUGGUGCCAAAGAGACUGCGUUUCUUCCUCCUGGAACACUAACAUCAGGAAUCGUUAAGCCGCAGAUCAAUUUAGGGCGGGGCUUCCAAGCUGAGAUCCCACCGCUACAAGACCAAAAAUAUGCCCACUCUGACUCCCACAAUGCACUGCUACAGUGGACUCCAUGGGAUGAUCUAGAGCGUCCCGUCAAUCAGCACAGAGUGGAAGCUCUGCUUAUGAUGGCUCGAUCCAGCGUGGUCCCAGGAGGUGGAGCCAGCGCAGAGUACACCCUCCAAGUCUUAUCAGAGUGCAAAGGAGACUUUCUGUUGACGGUAGAGAAGCUGCUAUCGACUCCUGAACCCAACAACCACCGUCACCACACAGGUGUGAGCUGGAGUGCAGCAGAGAAAAGGUCACUGGUGAAAUCUCUGCAGCUCCAUCAGAAAGACUUCAGUAGCAUCCAGAAAACUGUUCAAACAAAGUCCCUCUCUGAGUGUGUUGAGUUUUAUUAUCUCUGGAAGAAGAAGCUGAGUCUGAGCACCAAGACAUCAACUAGCCUGACAGUCUCUUUGCCCAACACAAAUGGUCAAAGGUCGUCAAGAUCUCAGGCUGCUUCAUGAACUGUUGGACCGUCGCCCUCUGGAGCUACACACUACUUACCAACACAAGGCUUGAACCAAAACAGCUAAACUGUGUCUGGCUUACUUGUUCACAAAAUCACAAGGCAUGCUCCUAAUUUGAUAAAAACCAUCUCUAAAUCACUAAAUGAGCUGAAAAGGAAAACUCCACCAGGACAACCUUUCACCUUGGGUGUUCUGGUGGACACAACAACAGUCGCCUUGAGGUGUAUAAAUUAAAUUGAAAUCGAAUUGAAAGCUUUACAAUCCGUUCUGCAAACUGUAGCUUUUCUUUUUUCUGUUAUGUCUUUUGACUGUACAAUAUGGUAUUUUAAAUGUAAAUGUGUGUGUGUGUGUUUUAAAUUACUGUCAGUUAAUAAACCCACAAACUA